AACAAAGAUAUCCUUUCCAAAAAAAAAAAAAAACAGAUACAGAAUGUAGGGUUUUAUUCCACAGCCCAAAGACUAAAAACAUUGGUUGGUUCCCCCACUUUCCUUCUGUUCACCGCUUCUUAUUUCACAUCGGCAAAGGUAAUUGAAAAUGGCUGGGGUAAGAGAGAUAACUGCUGCAGAGUUCCUGCAAGGUACAACAAGGCAAACUCUGUUUCUGCAGAGAAAACCUUCGAUUAAGCGAGGUAAUUUGUUAUGGGGCAAGCUCUGUAAUCCAAGCCGGAUGGGGCAUAUGUCUAAUACAAAAGGUGUUACUCUGAGGUGCUCUUCUCAAUCAAAUCCUAGAGCAAUGGCAUCUGGAGGUGUCCGUACUAAUUUGGUUGAUGAGCAACCUGGAUUGAUUGAAAAGCUUGCUCAAGAGGUCAUACAUUUCUACCGUGUUCCGUUGAUUCAAGAAAGUGCAAAUGAUGAACUUCUCAAAUUGAUUCAAACCAAAGUUUCGAAUCAGGUUGUUGGGUUAAAAACCGAGCAGUGUUUCCAUGUAGGGCUUGCUUCAAAGAUUUCAACUGAGAAGCUCUCAACACUUAAAUGGAUUCUUGGGGAGACAUAUGAACCUGAGAAUUUGGCGACUGAGAGUUUUCUUGCAAAGAAGAAGCAAGAAGGGUUGAAUACAGUGAUAGUUGAAGUUGGGCCUAGGUUGUCUUUUACAACAGCUUGGUCCUCGAAUGCUGUUUCGAUUUGUCAAUCCUGUGGCUUGACUGAGGUGACUCGAAUGGAGAGGUCAAGAAGAUACUUGUUGUAUAGUAGGGGACCAUUGCAGGAAAAUCUAAUUAAUGAGUUUGCUGCGCUGGUGCAUGAUCGGAUGACGGAAUGUGUUUAUAGCCGGAGGCUCACAUCAUUUGAAACCACUGUGAUUCCAGAGGAGGUUAGUUUUGUGCCUGUCAUUGAGAGGGGAAGGAAAGCAUUGGAAGAAAUUAAUCAGGAAAUGGGUUUAGCAUUUGAUGAACAAGAUUUACAGUACUAUACCAGGCUGUUCAUGGAGGACAUUAAGCGGAAUCCAACAAAUGUAGAGUUAUUUGAUAUUGCCCAAUCUAACAGUGAGCACAGCAGGCACUGGUUUUUCACAGGGAAGAUUGUUAUUGAUGGACAGCCGAUGGAUAGGACAUUAAUGCAAAUUGUCGAGAGCACUUUGAAAGCAAAUCCAAACAAUUCUGUUAUCGGAUUUAAGGAUAAUUCGAGUGCAAUAAAGGGUUUCCUUGCAUACCGAUUGCGACCAGUUAAACCUGGAACAGCCUGCCCUCUAAAUGAAACAACUCGUGAAAUUGAUGUCUUGUUUACAGCCGAAACGCAUAACUUCCCAUGUGCAGUUGCACCCUACCCUGGUGCAGAGACAGGUGCAGGUGGUCGCAUUAGGGAUACACAUGCCACAGGAAGGGGGUCUUUUGUUGUUGCUGCUACAGCUGGUUACACAACCGGGAAUCUUAAUAUAGAGGGAUCAUAUGCGCCAUGGGAAGACCCAUCUUUCACAUAUCCAUCAAAUUUGGCAUCUCCUUUGGAAAUACUCAUCGAGGCUAGCAAUGGUGCAUCAGACUAUGGUAACAAAUUUGGUGAACCCUUGAUUCAGGGUUUCACUAGAACUUUUGGAAUGAGACUUCCUAGUGGCGAACGACGUGAAUGGCUGAAGCCUAUCAUGUUCAGUGCAGGCAUUGGACAUAUUGAUCACAUUCAUAUAUCCAAAGGGGACCCUGAGAUUGGAAUGUUGGUUGUAAAGAUUGGUGGCCCUGCAUAUCGAAUUGGAAUGGGUGGUGGGGCUGCAUCCAGUAUGGUUAGUGGCCAGAAUGAUGCAGAACUUGAUUUUAAUGCCGUACAACGUGGAGAUGCAGAAAUGGCACAAAAAUUGUACCGUGUAGUUCGGGCCUGCAUUGAGAUGGGAGAGGAUAACCCCAUUAUUAGCAUCCAUGAUCAGGGAGCUGGUGGGAAUUGCAAUGUUGUCAAGGAAAUUAUAUACCCAAAGGGUGCUGAGAUUGAUAUUCGGGCCAUUGUUGUUGGAGAUCACACAAUGUCUGUUUUGGAGAUAUGGGGUGCAGAGUAUCAAGAACAAGAUGCAAUCUUGGUGAAGCCUGAAAGGCGCAAUCUAUUGGAAUCAAUCUGUGCAAGAGAGAGACUUUCAAUGGCUGUUAUUGGAACUAUUAAUGGUGAGGGACGUGUUGUUCUAGUUGAUAGCUUAGCUAUUGAAAAAAGCCGUGCAAGUGGACUCCCUCCACCUCCUCCAGCUGUUGAUCUUGAGCUUGAGAAAGUGCUUGGGGACAUGCCUCAAAAAAGCUUUGAAUUCAAGCGGGUGGCUUAUGCACGAGAGCCACUUGAUAUUGCUCCUGGAAUCUCAGUCAUGGAUUCGUUGAAGAGGGUAUUGAGACUUCCAUCUGUAUGUUCCAAACGGUUUUUGACAACAAAAGUUGAUAGAUGUGUAACGGGUCUUGUAGCACAACAGCAAACAGUUGGUCCCUUGCAGUUACCUCUUUCUGAUGUUGCAGUUAUUGCUCAAAGUUAUGUUGACUUUACUGGAGGUGCCUGUGCCAUUGGAGAGCAGCCAAUCAAAGGGCUGCUUGAUCCAAAAGCAAUGGCUAGACUGGCUGUCGGAGAAGCUCUCACAAAUCUUGUUUGGGCAAAGGUUACUUCUCUGUCUGAUGUUAAAGCAAGUGGAAAUUGGAUGUAUGCUGCCAAGCUUGAGGGGGAAGGAGCAUCCAUGUAUGAUGCUGCUAUUGCUCUUUCAGAAGCAAUGAUUGAACUUGGUAUUGCUAUUGAUGGUGGGAAGGACAGUCUUUCCAUGGCUGCCCAUGCAGGUGGUGAGGUUGUUAAGGCUCCUGGAAAUCUUGUAAUUAGUGCCUAUGUCACUUGUCCUGACAUAACAAAAACAGUAACUCCAGAUUUGAAGCUAGGGGAUGAUGGUGUUUUGCUUCAUAUUGAUUUGGCAAAGGGCAAGCGGCGCUUAGGUGGAUCUGCUCUGGCUCAGGUUUUUGACCAAAUUGGGAAUGAGUGCCCUGACAUUGAUGAUGUUUCUUACCUUAAAAGAGUUUUUGAGGGUGUGCAGGACCUACUUGGAGGUGGAAUGAUCUCUGCAGGUCAUGAUAUCAGUGAUGGUGGGUUACUCGUUUCUGCCCUGGAGAUGGCAUUUGCUGGAAAUUGUGGCAUUGUAUUGGACUUGGCUUCUCGAGGGAAUAGUGUUUUCCAAUCACUUUUUGCCGAAGAGCUUGGUCUUAUUCUUGAGGUAAACAAGAAUAACCUGGAUAGUGUGAUGGGAAAGCUCAGCAGUAUGGAUGUUUCUGCUGAGAUAAUAGGACAAGUAACCAAUUCACCUGUGAUAGAGCUAAAGGUUGACAGAAUUACUCAUUUAACUGAGAAAACUUCUCUCCUCCGAGAUAUGUGGGAGGACACAAGUUUCCAGCUCGAAAAGUUGCAGAGACUAGCAUCUUGUGUGGAAUUGGAGAAAGAAGGUUUGAAGUUUAGGCAUGAACCUUCUUGGGCAUUGUCUUUCACCCCUUCCUUCACGGAUAAGAAAUACAUGACUGCAACUUUAAAACCAAAAGUAGCUGUCAUUCGUGAGGAAGGCAGCAAUGGAGAUAGAGAAAUGUCAGCAGCAUUUUAUGCUGCUGGUUUUGAGCCUUGGGAUGUUACAAUUUCAGACCUUCUUAAGGGAGUUAUUUCUUUGCAUGAAUUCCGUGGAAUUGCUUUUGUUGGAGGUUUUAGUUAUGCUGAUGUGCUUGAUUCUGCAAAAGGUUGGGCUGCAUCCAUACGAUUCAAUCAGCCUCUUCUCAAUCAAUUUCAGGAGUUCUACAAGCGCCCUGAUACUUUCAGUCUUGGUGUCUGCAAUGGAUGUCAGUUAAUGGCUCUGUUAGGAUGGGUCCCUGGCCCCCAAGUUGGGGGUGUUUUUGGUGCAGGUGGGGACCCAUCACAGCCAAGGUUUGUUCACAAUGAGUCUGGACGAUUUGAAUGCCGCUUCACCAGUGUGACCAUAAAGGACUCUCCUGCAAUGAUGUUCAAAGGAAUGGAAGGCAGUACAUUAGGUGUAUGGGCUGCCCAUGGUGAGGGGAGGGCAUAUUUUCCUGAUGAUGGCGUUCUGGAUCGAGUAUUGCAUUCGGGUUUGGCGCCAUUAAGAUAUUGUGACGAUGAUGGGAAUCCAACUGAGGCUUACCCGUUCAAUUUGAAUGGUUCUCCAUUAGGAGUGGCAGCAAUUUGUUCUCCUGAUGGUCGACAUCUUGCCAUGAUGCCUCAUCCAGAGCGCUGUUUCCUGAUGUGGCAAUUCCCUUGGUAUCCAAAGGACUGGAAUGUGGACAAGAAAGGCCCUAGCCCAUGGUUACGGAUGUUUCAAACCGCCAGAGAGUGGUGCUUAUGAUAUUGGUUAUGAGAUGUAAAGCCAAAUGAGAGGAAUCAUCGUGUUUGGAUGCUUCAUCUGAGUUUUGAUUCGGGGGUUUUUAACUGUUAUCUUUGAAUCAAUGAGAUGCCAUGAGGCCCUCUGGAAAAUGUCAUUGGCAUCGAUCAAGGCAUAAGAAUUACUAGUAUUUGCUCCAUGCUGAGCUGACCACAGAGCAGUUUAUUUAAUAAAGUAUGUCGUGUCAUUGUAUUUCCUCAUCCUCUCAAGUUUCCAACUCUACUGAUGCUUACUCUUUUCACAAACUUUAUUUGGUGACUUACUAACAGUUGUAGAAAAGGUUGGCAUAGAGAUGAUGUAGAAUUUGAAAGUGACCUGAUGCAAACCUGAAGUCUCUGCAUAUAAUAAAGUCAAAAACUUUUUGAAAA